GCUGCACUUAAAUAUUUACCGUUUUCUUCGAAAUGUUUUAUAGACGGUGAAUCUAAGACUAGAAUUACUGAGAUGCGUAUUAGCUGAAUAAAAUAUAUAAGUAACAAGUAUCACGGUACUACAAUAUUUUAUCGUGUAUCUACGGAGGGAAAUAUGAUUACCUUGAGGGGAAAACUGAAAAAGGAAAGUGACAUAGCAAGCGCAAAAAGCAGAGAUUAUAACAAACGCAUUUCUGUCCGUGAUACAUUAUUAGUCAAAGAGGUUCAAGAAAUGGAGCAAACUUUACCUACCACGUGUAGAGUUACGUUUAGAGAUCCCCAUUGUCUCCACGAGUUUACCUUGUUGAUCGUUCCCGACGAAGGUUAUUGGAACGAAGGCAGAUUCUACUUUCAGAUUUAUGUACCCGAAGAUUACAACAUGGCUCCACCAAAAGUUAAUUGUUUAACGAAAUUGUGGCAUCCCAAUAUAAGCGAGGACGGCGAUGUAUGUCUUUCGAUAUUGAGACAGAGUAGUAUAGAUGGAAUGGGAUGGGCUCCGACUCGUAAGCUUAAAGACGUAGUAUGGGGCUUGAAUUCCCUUUUCACAGACCUUUUAAAUUUUGAUGAUCCUUUAAACAGAGAUGCGGCUGAUCUCUUUGUAAAAGACAAGGACUCCUUCCGGAGUAAGGUGAAAGACUAUGUCAUGCAGUACGCAAAAAGAUGAUUCGAAUUAAAUAUAAUACUAUCAUAAUGUAACUGUACAUUUAUGGAAUUAGAUUUCUGAUUUCGGCAAACGUUCAAAAUUCUAUUAAAAGAUUCCUUUCUCAAAGUGAUAUCGAACAAACUUGUAUUUAAUACUUUGCGACUAGUCUUCUUAUUCUAGGGAGAUUGUAUUUGUUAUCUUCAGUUUUGUUAAACGUAUGCAGCUUACGAUUGUUAUGGCACUUCGUUGCAGUUAUGGUAAAAUUUUGCGUGUAAUUAAUGGUACAGGGAA